UGUUUUAAACUCCGGAUGGAGUAACUCCUCUCUGCAUACAUAAAAGAUCUUUGGCGCUCUUCUUCAGGUUUCCCUUUGCCAUGGAAACAGUAGGAUCACAAAGUCCCUACACCUUGGACAUUGGACAACCAGAGACUGUAUAAAUAACGUAAUUACAAGAAAAACAGGCUACACCAAAAAGAAAAAAACCCAAUGUCAGGACCUGAAGAGCAGCGGGCGCUGCUGGAGCUGAACGGGCGGAGGGAGACAUGGUGUCAGGUGGAGCUGACGCCCGAGCAGGCCUGGGAGAGGACCCAGAGGAGGCACUACAGGGGUCACCUGCAGACCAGCCCGGUGCUCCUCAGCGCUCUGACCGCCGGGCCGCAGCGCAGGGCGGCCCGCAGCGAGCGCCCGCCCGCCUCCAGGCUCCCGGAGAGAAGGCACUUCGAAGAGAGCUAUGAGUCCCAGCUGGUGUAGGCUGACGAGAACCCACGAGCUAAAACUACUAGUACACGUGGACCAUCACGUCAACUUUCAGGGUUUUAUUUCCAUAAACAGAGAACAUAAUACAUCUUUAUAAAAUAUUUCUGUAUAGGUGUAUUUCUGUGUAACUUGAGUUCCUGUUGGCCUAUUUGUCCAAAGCUUUGGUCCUGAGUAAAGUAUCUUAACCAGUAUAAUAACAAACGACUAAAUCUUUUCAGCCCUAG